AUGGCUUGGCCGAUGACACAUGGUAAUAGCAUGGUCAUCAUGGAAAAUUUUGCUACUCAGACCCGGGACCCGACUUAUAUAUCUUUCAUCUCAGAUGCUCCUGCUUCUCAGAUUUCUACUUCUUUCUUCAUGCCCGCUUGCUGCCCGGAAGCGGAGCCGAUAGUACCUACAGAGCCGCCCUUGCGUGGACGGCAGAUGUAUCAGCCGGAUGGGCCUUCGUCAGUUCGUCGUGAUCGCGAACCUCGCAUGUCACUCAUGGCCAUCAGACACCCCAACUACUACGCUCGUAACCCCCAACAGGAGGCUUAUUUUGGAGAAAAUAGGCCUAGUUUGCUUAUUAGGCCAGACCUAAUUGAUAAGAUGGACACCGUGAGCGAGCUCUACCAUCAUGAAGGCCCAUAUGAUGCUGCGGCUAGGGAGAGAAACAUCUUCCCGGACCAAGCUCCCAUGCAAGCUCUCCAGUAUUCAACUGCGGAAGCUCUUAGAGCCACGCCACAUGAUAUGAUCAUCGAUAGCAUUCGCGAACGUCGGCCGCUGGAUGGAGUUGCUACCCUUCCUCCUGGAUCGAGGGAUAUGAGCGGCCGAGUGCUCAACUAUAAAGAGGGCGCAAACAUGAUGGUCGAAGACCGUGGAAAUUUUCAACGACACCCUGGAGCGAAAUUUGAAAACGGGGACCCACCUAUGGAUCCUUAUUAUAACCAGGAAGAUAUUGAGAAGCGUCGGCUUGAGCGCAAACGAGCUCGUUCGUGUUGGGUUCGAUGUGGGAAUUGA